AUGAUGUCUAUCUUCCUGAUAUCUGUAUUUCUUGGCCUUGCAUGUGGGCAAGCAAUGUCUUUCUGUUUUCCAACUGAGUACACGAUGCACGUUGAAAGAAAAGAGUGUGCUUAUUGCCUCGCUAUCAACACCACCAUCUGUGCUGGAUAUUGCUUGACACGGGAUAUCAAUGGCAAAAUGUUUCUUCCCAAAUAUGCCCUGUCUCAAGAUGUUUGUAUAUACAGAGACUUCAUGUACAAGACUGUAGAAAUACCAGGAUGUCCACCUCAUGUUUCUCCAUAUUUCUCCUAUCCUGUUGCUCUAAGCUGCAAGUGUGGCAAGUGUGAUACUGACUAUAGUGACUGUAUACAUGAGACCAUCAAGACAAAUUAUUGUUCCAAACCUCAAAAACCCCAUAUAGUGGAAUUCUCAGCCUAA